AUGUACCACUUCACUGCUCCCCAGAUCUACCAACCCCCGACGGUUUCAUCGGGAACCCACUUGCGAAGUCACGACGUCACCCUCACGCUGCGCCAGCAACCAAAGGAGGCCCUAGUCACCACCGAAGGCAAGGAGAAAGUACCAACAAUAGCACGCAAACCCGUUGACCCGCCCCCCAUUAUCCAGCUUACCGUCAAGCCGCAAGCCGAUCCAGCCCAGCAUUUCCUCCAGAGUCCCUAUCUGUUUAUGUGCACAAGCCUAUACAAGGUUGACAAGGACGAGGCGUGGGAUGGCAAUGCGGGCAAGUCAUUGGCCGGGUCUCUAGUCUCUUCCUUACACAGGCUGAAAGACGUCGACAACAAGGAUGGUGGAUUCUUUGUGUUCGGAGACAUCUCCGUCAAAGUACAAGGAACAUUUCGACUGAACUUCAGUCUUUUUGACUUGCGCAAGGAUUCCCAUGAUGUUAUGUAUCUUGGGUCGAUAACUUCCGAGCCUUUCCGAGUUCUCCUUCCGAAGGAUUUCAAGGGAAUGGAUGAGUCGACAUACCUAUCCCGAGCUUUCUCCGAUCAAGGAGUGCGUUUGCGUCUACGGAAAGAGCCACGAGCCAUGAUGGGUAACAAACGGCCAUACCCGUAUGGCGUUGAUUCCGCCACCCCGAAUACUCCUAUUCGGCCAAGCUUGCAGGAGUAUUCACCCUACGGGGACGAUUCACAAUCCCCCGUGAAACGAUUCCGUGCAGAUACCGAAGACAGGAAAGAACAGUAUCCAGAUCACUCUGGAGCUGCAUAUCCGUCUAGCUACCCUUCGUCUCAAUACCCAGUCAGGCAAUCAAGUUUAACUGGCCUUCACAGCAUGGCUGGAUACCCAACUUUCGGGUCACUCACCACGGGAACCAGCUCGCCGUAUCAAUUCCGCACUAGCAUCGGGGCUGCAUCCAGCUACCUUAGCGAUCCUCUCCUUCAAACGUCUGGUCCGAGUACAAUGACCUCACAUCAACGGUAUCCCGAAAUGCAGCAGCCACAGUACUCUCAGAUGUUUUCAUCGUAUGCUCAACAGCGCGUUCCAACUACCUCAGCCAUGUCUUUCCCGGAUGAUACAACAGGGCUGGGAAGAUAUCAGACGGCUUCUACUGUGGGUAUGGGUGAUGAGCACCGCCCUAGCACAGCUACAGGAGUGGCACCCGCGAUAGCAAUGGCUCAACAGACACCGCAAUCGCAGCACUCAUCCCACCCAUCUCAUGACUCCAUAGGUUCUUCAAGAGGUGCGUCGUUCACCCAUUCCCCUGAAAUGAUCCGAACCACUGGUUUCCCGGACCGUCUUCAGCUGGGGUCACAGCUGCCAACGCCGCAUCGACAGCUCGGUCGCUAUGACGAUCAAGCGCAAAUGACAUCUGGUCUAUAUUCAAAUCAAAGGAACAACUUCCAGGCCCCUCCUACUGAGUCAAGUUUGACAAGUCUUACAGAUACUGGAGUAGUUCAGCAUACACUCCACUACAACCCGGGCUUGAGUCAAUCCACUGAGGAACAUGGUGCUGACAGUCAUUAA